AUGUGGGCUCAACAAUAUCAACAACAACAAAAUCAACAAUAUCAACCUCAAUAUUAUCGCGAUCAAAGUAAUAAUCAAUAUUAUCAACAUUUUCAAGAGCAAACUACAACAACUAUUAAUCCAAAUCCAAAUGCGUCAAUUGAUUUUGUUGUAACUCAAAUUGAAGGAUUAGCAAAUCAAAUAAACACUUUAGGAGCUAAUGUAAGUCAUUUUUCAAAAUAUUGAAAAUACUUUUAAAUUUAGGGAGAAUCAGCGGGACUUCAAGUUGCUGAUCAUGCUAUAAAUGUAUUUGAUAAUAUGAAAUUUCAAAUUGAUAAUGGAACAAUUCCAAAUGUUGACAGAUUAGUUGUAAGAUUUAUUUUCUCUGAAAUAAUUAUAGACAAAUUUAAAAUAAAUAAGUUACAGGAUAUUGCACGAGAAAGAUUUCAUGAUUUUCCUGUCACCGAAUUAAUUAUUAUGGUUAUUGUUGGCGUUAUUCUUGUUAUAAUUACAGUAAGAUUCAAAGAAAAAUUGAAUCCCAAAAUAAUCCAAAACUUUCCAGCUUAUUUUCUUGUUCAUGCUUUUUGGAGAACGAGUUACUGCAUAUCGAUAUCGUCAAAGACUUUCUGCAAAAUCAGAUAUCGAAAAUAUUUGA